AUGAUCUCAUCGCGGGGUCGUGCGGUAGCUCAACCGCAGGAGUCAGUCGACCGUUCGCCAUUGGCGACAUUCUUGUUGUCCGGUAGCCGCGAGCAGCACCUCGUCUUCACGGAAUUGGACGGAGCUGGUCCACACUUGGCACAUCUCACCCCCACCGUGCACUUUUCGAUUACCGCUGGGCACAGCCUGGAGAGGGCGGGGGGUCCAAUGCAGGUGAGAAAAGACGGGCGCGUCUACGUCGCAGUGAAGUGUCCCAGUAUCAGCGAGCUCUGGCCGGAGAUCUACAACAAUAGAUCCAUCCGAGUCGUGCAGGUGGAUGUCUAUGUUACGGUUUGA